AUGGCAGGUCCGGACCGGAAGGGGCCGAGGGGGCCGCUCCCCCCGCCGGCUCCGCGCCGGGCAGCCCCAGGCGGCCCGCACCCCGCUGCCCGCGAGCCCGGCGUGCGGGUGAGAUUCGCACCCAGCCCCACAGGUUUUUUACACUUAGGCGGCCUCCGCACUGCCUUGUACAACUACAUCUUUGCCAAAAAACAUAAUGGGAUCUUUAUCUUGAGACUGGAGGAUACAGACCAAGCCCGGCUGGUACCCGGGGCGGCGGAGAAUAUCGAGGACAUGCUGGAGUGGGCAGGCAUCCCCCCCGAUGAGAGCCCCGGGCGCGGGGGUCCCUCCGGCCCCUACCGGCAGUCGCUGCGCCUCGAGCUGUACGCCCACGCCGCCGAGGAGCUGCUGCGGACCGGGGCCGCCUACCGCUGCUUCUGCACACCUCAGCAGCUCCAGCUGCUCAAGAAGGAGGCCCUGAGGAACCACCAGACCCCACGGUACGAUAACCGCUGCCGCCACCUGAGCCCAGAGCAAGCAGCCAAGAAGUUGGCCGCGGGGGCCCGGCCCACCGUGCGCUUCCGCCUGCAGGAGGGGGCCCAGUCCUUCCGGGACCUGGUGUAUGGCUGGACCCAGCACGAGGUGGCCAGCGUGGAGGGCGACCCGGUCAUCCUGAAGGCCGACGGCUUCCCCACCUACCACCUGGCUUGCGUGGUGGACGACCACCAUAUGGGCAUCACCCACGUCCUGCGGGGCACCGAGUGGCUCACCUCCACCUCGAAGCACCUGCUGCUGUACCGCGCGCUGGGCUGGGAGCCCCCCGACUUUGCCCACCUGCCCCUGCUGCUCAACAAGGACGGCAGCAAGCUGUCCAAGCGGCAAGGGGAUAUCUUCGUCGAGAGCUUUAUCCGGGCCGGCUUCCUGCCCGAGGCCUUGCUGGACAUCGUCACCAACUGUGGCUCUGGGUUUGCAGAAAACCAGAUGGGGAGGACGUUGCCAGAGCUGGUGUCUCAGUUCGACCUGACCAGGAUCACCUGCCACUCGGCCCUGCUGGACCUCCAGAAGCUUCCAGAAUUCAACAGGUUACACCUCAGUCGGCUAAUGAAUGAUGAGGCGCAGCGGUCCCGGCUGGUGAGGGAGCUCCAGGCCCUGGUGGAGGAGGCUUACGGGGAGCAGCUGGAAGAUAGGGAAGUGCUCGGUCGGGAGUAUGUGGAGCGGGUCCUCCUGCUCAGGAAGGGCCACGUGAGCCGUCUCCAGGAUUUGGUGUCGCCGACGUACUCCUACCUGUGGGCCCGCCCCGCCGUGGGCCGAGAGCAGCUCCAGAUCAUAUCGGGAGACGUGGAUGCGGUUGCCAAGCUGGUGUUGGGGCUGUUGGAAGGACACAAUGUGACGCUGACCCAGGAGGCCCUAAACAAAGAGCUGAAAGGACUGUCGGAGCGGGCAGGAGGCGUCGGCUACAGCAGCAUGAUGAAGAUGCUCCGCUUGGCACUCAGCGGGAAGCAGCAAGGCCCAGCUGUGGCUGAGAUGCUGAUUUCCUUGGGCCCCAGGGAAGCCCGGGAGCGGAUCCGCAGGGUGCUUGCCAACUAGCAGGAAUUCAAUGACCGGGGAAGGUUCCGCACGCAGCUGGCGGGCAUGGGAAACUGCCUCUCAAGCACCAGCUUUCCAGGAAGUCCACGGCACCGGAAACCUAAUCCAGGAGCGGCCCAGGAAGUCCACGGCACCGGAAACCUAAUCCAGGAGCAGCCCAGACUCUGUCCGGAGGGGAUGGAUGGGGAACUCCAGGGGGACAAUCAUCCUUCCCCCUCACCUGGCUCCCACCAGCCUCGCUGGGUACCCAGAGCUCCUCGUCCUGUGAACUUUCUCUCUCCUGAUGGCCAAAGAACUACUGCCCCGGGCCCAUCUAAGCCCCUGCUUCUGGAACUAGGAGAGGCUGCUCUAUGACUUGGAGACGCUCCCCUCCCUCCUAUUAAUGGUGGCCCUGCAUAAAAAAGGGUGGGUGAAGUCUUGGUUAUUUUUUUUUUUUCAGACUUUCAGUGUUGAAAUUGGAGUCUCGCUCAAAGGCCCCAUUUGAAAUCUGAACAAUAAAGGAUGCUAGAAACCGGG